AUGAAGUUCACUCUGACUGCCCUCGUUGCCAUCAUCGGCGUCGCCUCUGCCAUCAGCGUCGACGCCGGCCUUGUGAAGAGACAGUGCAUCGCCAACGGAGAUUUCUGCUUCACCAGUAUCGCCGACACCAAAAAGCCUUGCUGCGGCGGCCUCGUUUGCAGAAACAAGCCCGCGCCCAACACCAAUAUCUGCGAGCCCGAGGAGAGCCCCAAGGUACCGCAACCGCGCUCGGAGGUCGUAGAGAAGUCUGAAAUCCCUCCCGCGCCCCAGGCCCAGGCAUUGCCCCGCGCCAUGCCUCAAAUUCCCCGUGACGAACCCAUUUGGGGAUGA